AUGGCAUGGGACGAGUUCAGUAAUUUAGUGGCUGACGCGUUGGAUUUGGAGCUGGAUCGGCGGACUAACAACAUGGGUUCAGACAGCGUGGAGCCUGACCUCCCGUUUCUCAAAUUGGAUGCGAGGAUCGCGGUGCGAGCUUACCUGCGCAAUUCGAAAAGCAACCCCGACACCGCUGCCGAUAUAUUUUUUCGCAGCAUCAGUCGAUUUUCUGAUCCAGAUACAAAGGAUCGCAAGGUGUGGGGAAAUGGGUUAUGCAAGGGGUCCAACCAACACGAUGAUGGGCAGCAUGUUGCCAGACCGGAAAUGGAAACCCGUUCGUCAAUAGGCACGGAAGGUCACAAGGGGGCUCCCAUCGGAAGUGACAGAUCACCUAAGGUCACGGUUACACUGCCUAUGACUGACCACACAGCUGAUGUACACAAACCAUCACCUGGUCCCCCCUCCGUGCGAGAGCAACAGACUGCUGGCCAUCCACCAAUGGUCCCAGAGAUCCGAAUCUCUAGCUUGCGGAGGGAGGCAUGGCUUCGCAGUGGACAUACCCUUGAUAAACCCCUUGUAUUUUUGCACCAUUGCCUGGCGGAGGAGGACCACAUCAAAGAACAGACUUUGAGCGAGAUCAAUGGUCGGGAGAGAGUGGAUCAUCUGUAUGAGGGCCUGACCACAUGGCGCCAGUUCAGUCAGUUACUCGCUGGUAGCCUAGACCUGCAAGACGGACGGCGGGACGACGGAUUCACAGAGGAGGAACAGUUCAGGAUGAGAUGGGACAUACAUCCCAACGUACCAUCAGAUCAAAUUUCGCAAUUCACUGCAACACCUGAGGAAGAUGGUGCUGAAACGGCCAGCGAGGACGACUUCAUAUCAGAAUCACUUUUCUCCUUGGCGGACGUGCAACGGGCCAUCAGAUCUUACAGCCACAACGGUAUUUCGUUCAAUGAGCUCCGCAACAUACUGUUGACCGAACAUCCCUCCUAUUCAUACAAAAAGAUACUCAAUUCCUUGUUCAAGAAGUUGGAGGAGGAAGACUCAUUGGCAACAAGAGUUGUUGGUUGA